CAACAAACUCUUAUAGAUGGAGUUACUGUCGAAAGUGUUGUUAACCUCAAAAAAUGAUGUGUGUCAAAAUUUAUUGAAUUUUCGUUUAUUUUCAUAUAUUUUAUGAUAAAUUAAUAACAGAAAGGGUGGCAGGAUGUCUAAUGUGGAGGGAAAAAGGGAUUUCACCCCGGAAGAGUGGGGUUUUUUGACGAAAUACUUUGUAGGCAAUAAUUAUAGGUACAGGGAAAAUAUAAUCAUACCCAAAAAUUUGGGGCCAGUAACGAUAAAAACCAACGAAGAGAAAAUGGUUGAAGCGUUUUUCGAAAGCUGUCCUUUCAAGGCUUUCAUGAGCUGUGUAAUGGGUUAUGGUCUUGGGGCUGCCAUUGGUUUAUUUUCAAGCAGUAUCGGACCAUCUUCAGUGACCAGCGUCGAAACACAAACAGCUCGACAAGUGUUUAGAGAAAUGAAAACUACAACCCUAGGUUAUGCAAAGAAUUUCGCGUUAAUUGGAGCCUUAUUUUCAGCCGUUGAAUGCUCCAUAGAAUCUGUUCGUGGAAAGUCGGAUUGGAAAAAUGGCACCUACGCCGGAGGUGUGACAGGGGGCAUGAUAGGGUUAAGGGCGGGGGUGAAAGCUGGCAUUGUUGGUGCAGCUGGUUUUGCAGCUUUCUCUACAGCCAUUGAUUAUUAUAUGCAUUCAAGGUUUUAGAUUUACACAUAUUUAUUUGUUAUUUUGUUAGUAAUAAAUGUUAAGUAAACA